UGAGAUCAGAGGGCGGGGUGAAGCCUACUGGACAGGCGUUCCCAGCUACCCGAGUAGCUGUAACUGGCAGAUAAACGGAAGACAUGUGUGGAAUCUUUGCCUAUCUCAAUUACCAUGUGCCAAGGACUCGCCGUGAGAUCCUUGAGAUCCUCCUCAAAGGCCUUCAACGUCUGGAGUACAGAGGCUAUGACUCAGCUGGCGUGGGAAUUGAUGGGGGUAACGGCAAGGAGUGGGAGUCAAAUGCCAAGUCUAUCCAACUGAUCAAGCAGCGCGGAAAAGUGAAGGCUCUUGAUGAGGAAAUCCACAAACAGCAGGAUAUUGACCUGGAUGUGGAGUUCGAUGUUCACCUCGGCAUUGCUCACACCCGCUGGGCUACCCACGGUGUACCAAGCCCAGUCAACAGCCAUCCACAUAGGUCUGACAAGAACAAUGAGUUCAUUGUCAUUCACAAUGGAAUUAUCACCAACUACAAAGACCUGAGGAAAUUCCUGGAGAGCAAAGGCUACGAGUUUGAGUCAGAGACUGAUACAGAGACCAUUGCCAAGCUGGUCAAGUACAUGUAUGACAACCGGGAGAGUGAUGACAUCAGUUUUACCACACUGGUGGAACGGGUGAUCCAGCAGCUGGAGGGAGCUUUUGCCCUGGUCUUCAAGAGUGUUAACUACCCCGGAGAGGCAGUUGGAACAAGGAGGGGAAGUCCUCUGCUGAUUGGAGUGAGGAGUGAUCACAAGCUGUCCACAGAUCAUAUUCCUGUGCUGUACCGCUCCUCUGGUAAAGACAAGAAGAGCUGCAGUGCCCUACCCAGGACGGACCAGGACACCUGCCUGUUCCCUGUGGAUGAGAAAGCUGUAGAGUACUACUUUGCCUCAGAUGCAAGCGCAGUGAUCGAGCACACGAACCGGGUGAUCUUCUUGGAGGACGACGAUGUGGCCGCUGUGAUGGACGGCCGGCUGUCCAUCCACAGGAUAAAGCGCAGGGCUGGAGACUACCCAGCCCGUGCCAUCCAGACCUUGCAGAUGGAACUGCAGCAGAUCAUGAAGGGCAACUACAGCUCCUUCAUGCAGAAGGAGAUCUUUGAGCAGCCAGAGUCUGUGGUCAAUACCAUGAGAGGGAGAGUCAACUUCGACAACAACACAGUGACACUGGGUGGACUGAAGGACCACAUCAAAGAGAUCCAGAGGUGCCGACGACUUAUUCUUAUUGCCUGCGGCACCAGCUACCAUGCUGGAGUAGCGACCCGCCAGGUCCUGGAGGAGCUAACCGAGCUGCCUGUCAUGGUGGAGCUGGCCAGUGACUUCCUGGACAGGAACACACCUGUCUUCCGAGACGACGUCUGCUUCUUUAUCAGCCAGUCAGGGGAGACUGCUGACAGCCUCAUGGCGCUGCGCUACUGUAAGGAGAGAGGGGCUCUGACUGUGGGUGUCACCAACACGGUGGGCAGCUCCAUUUCCAGGGAGACCGACUGCGGAGUCCACAUCAAUGCUGGGCCUGAGAUCGGAGUAGCCAGCACCAAGGCCUACACCAGCCAGUUUGUGGCUCUGAUCAUGUUUGCACUUUUGAUGUGCGAUGACAGGAUUUCCAUGCAGCCCAGACGCCGUGAGAUAAUCCAGGGCCUGAGAGUGCUUCCAGAUCUGAUUAAGGAGGUCCUCAGUUUGGAUGAUGAGAUCCAGAAGUUGGCGACAGAGUUGUACCAACAGAAGAGUGUACUGAUCAUGGGCAGAGGGUACCAUUACGCUACCUGCCUGGAAGGAGCACUGAAAAUCAAGGAGAUCACAUAUAUGCAUUCAGAGGGCAUCCUGGCCGGAGAGCUGAAACACGGGCCGCUGGCCCUGGUGGAUAAACUCAUGCCAGUCAUCAUGAUCAUCAUGAGAGACCACACUUAUACCAAAUGUCAGAAUGCCCUGCAGCAAGUCGUCGCCCGCCAGGGCCGUCCUAUUGUCAUCUGUGACAAAGAUGAUUACGAGACCAUCAAGAACUCCAGCCGCACCAUCAAAGUGCCUCACUGUGUGGACUGCCUGCAGGGCAUCCUGAGCGUCAUCCCUCUGCAACUGCUGUCCUUCCACCUGGCUGUCCUCCGAGGUUACGACGUGGACUGUCCAAGAAACCUGGCCAAGUCUGUGACAGUAGAGUGAUCCGCACUGUUCAUCACCCAACAACAAAAGCCCGCCGGACACACAUUCAAACACAGGCGUUGAGGGAGCGUCUCUGUACAGAAACCAAGAGAAGACAGUGUUCCGUUUAUGUGUCUCGUGUCACGGUUCUUUUUAAUGCAAUCUUUUUCCUCAACAGUCGUGUAUCUCACUGUUGCAUAUUAUUUGUAUCUCACUGUCUUAUUUUCUCAGAAACCUUCAGCAUCAUUGUUAUGUUAUUGUUAAAGACUGUUAUGUUAUUGUUUGUCCGUGGUGGCAGGUUCUGGGCUGGCACUGGCUAAUCUUCAUCACUCUUUUCUGGGUUCGUUAACCUGUAGCAACUGACGGUGACCAUUUGGGUUAAUUCACAUUCUGGCUCAACACUUGUAAGCAAGCCCUCCAUGUUUGUUUGCUGUGAUUUGCUGUUUAUUUGCUCUGGGAGCUGAUGUUAAAGCUGUUGACUGACAGAAGUUAGGUUUUACUGCCUUUUUUUUGUGCAAUGAUUUAUAGUUUAGUUGGGAUAUUUUUCUGUGGCAGCCAAUCAUUUGAAGUGUCUUUACUCCACAGUUGAAUUAAAGGAGAGUCUCAAAUCAUUCCAAGCCACAGGUCAUCGGUUCUUCAUAAUUACAGCGCAGUUUGCCAGUUUUGACUAAUUUUCUCUCUUGGACUUUCUUCUGAGGACGCACUAUUUACUGCAGGAGCAGCAUCAUAAGUCUGAUCUCAGAAAGGUUCAUGAAUACAUUACUGUGUAAAAAUCUUCUUGGGUGGGUUAUUAAAGCUUGUUCUUUUGUAAAAACCUAAUGUGUCAGAUUUCAAACUCUGGUUUUGGUCUGCUCAGUUAGUGAGAAAAAACUUUGUUUACAGAGCCACCUACACUAGAGUGAGAUUUUUUUUUUUUUUUUCUUUACCAUGCACUGUUUCUGCUUUGAUUAUACUCUUACUGUAAUGCUCUCUGUGCAGAAUUUGCUGUUUGAUUCUUAUGUUGACAUCUGUUGCUUAACUGCUCAAAAGAGAGACGUUAUUGCAGAUUUCUGGUCUGCAUUUUGCUUUUAAUUUAGAAACCAAAGUAAUUCCAGUGAGAUGAAGUUACUAACCUGAAGUAGAAGUUGCACCCAGAUGACAGCCCACGCCCUGCCACCAUGACUGCUGCAGUAUGGGACCAUUUGUAGCUAUUGCUUGAUUAUUUUGUUACUUGUUUCAUUUAUGUUAAAAAAAAAAACACACAAUGAAUUUUAUAUUAUUGAAGUCACUCUUUGAUUUGUAAUGUGAAUGUUACUGUCCCAAAAAUCUGUACAAUGGCUUUGGCAGUUGUAAAACCAAAACAUAGUGGGAUCCAAAGUCUAAGACCACUUUGGUCUCAGACUUUUGGACCCCACUGCAUAUAUUUCAAAUGUUCAUCUGAUGUUGUUUUUAUAGCUAAACAUGUAAUAAUUCUGGUAGAUUGUGUGGUGUGAAGAGACUUGGAGGCCUAAAGGAGGCAUAUACAUAGUUACAUGGCAGUACUGUAGAUUUUUAUGUAGUAAAAAGUCAGAUGCCCUGUGUGUGCAUGUGCGUGCGUGCGUGCGUGCUGUGAUUCAGAAGCCAAGGAGAAAGUGAUGCUAUACACACACAGUUGUGUAGUGAAAUAGGAUUUUUUUUUUUUUUUUUUUGUUUCUGGGGUGGGGGGGUUUGUGUGUCACAUAUUUUAGGUUUAAAGAUAUUUAUCUUGCUUUUGCAGUUAAGACUUUACUUGGAUUUUGUUUGUUUGCAUUUCUUUUCACCAACAUUGAGCUUGUUCUGAGCCAGUUGAAAUGGUUAGAAAACUGGACAAUGUUGUUACAGGUACUUUUGUAACUCAUACAGAAGCAGAAUUUGAUUUCUUGACCAGAGGCAUUGAUAACAAGGAAGCUGCACUGAAUCCUUGCAACAGCCGUUGAUAGCUGUUGGAUUAGUGAGGGAGUGGGGUACUAUUUAUUAGUGGAACUGAUGCAAUAAAGUGUCAAGUAUU